UCUGUUCUCUGGUUCAUCAGUUUACUUUUAUGGACGAGGUCUCCUCAUGUAGAUUGACUUUGUUUCUAAGCGGAAUAAGGAGACGAAGAGAACACCUUAAAUGUUGCACAGAUCAAAACCAUAGAUCUCUUACUUUCUCCUUUCUUCUGGGUUCUGGCUCUAGGAAAGUUUCGUCAGAAUUUAAAAGAUUCCAUCUUUGAAUUCAAUUCCCUUAUGGUUUGUAAAAUGAUAUCAAAAUGGUGAAUAGAAGUGAUUUGGUAGUAAUUGGCAUUUCGGUUGGGCUUGCACUUGGUCUCUUGCUCGCUCUGAUCUUGUUCUUUGCCAUAAAAUGGUAUAAUGACCGCUCUCACCUAAGGCGAUGCGCUAAUGAACAGAAUACCCCAACUCUACCUGUUCACACUGCUAAAAGAGGCAUAGUGAUCCCUGAUGAUAGCUCAAAUUCAGCAUCGUUACAGCCGCCUGAGAACGCAGCACCCACUCAACAUCAGCCAUGGUGGAACAAUCAUAACAAAGAUCUCACUGUAUCUGCAUCUGGCAUUCCUAGAUAUCACUACAAGGAUAUUCAGAAAGCAACACAAAAUUUCACAACCGUUCUAGGACAAGGAUCUUUUGGUCCUGUGUACAAAGCGGUUAUGCCCAGUGGAGGAUUAGCUGCAGCGAAAGUUCAUGCCUCUAAUUCAAGUCAAGGAGAUAGAGAGUUUCAAACCGAGGUAUCUUUACUUGGGAGGCUGCAUCACCGGAAUCUUGUGAACUUGAUAGGAUACUGUGUUGAUAAAAAUCACACGAUGUUGAUCUAUGAGUUCAUGAGUAAUGGAAGCUUGGAGAAUCUUUUGUAUGGUGGUGAAGGGAUGCAAGUCUUGAAUUGGGAAGAACGGCUUCAAAUUGCUCUUGACAUCUCCCACGGCAUUGAAUACCUUCACGAAGGGGCCGUGCCACCAGUUAUUCACCGUGAUCUUAAAUCAGCAAACAUAUUGUUAGAUCACUCCAUGAGAGCUAAGGUUGCGGAUUUUGGAUUGUCAAAAGAGAUGGUUUUGGAUAGAAUGACUUCAGGGUUGAAGGGUACUCACGGAUACAUGGAUCCAUCAUACAUUUCAACUAAUAAAUAUACGAUGAAGAGCGACAUUUACAGUUUUGGUGUCAUCAUUCUUGAGCUCAUUACUGCAAUUCAUCCCCAACAGAAUCUGAUGGAAUACAUCAACCUGGCUUCGAUGAGUCCAGAUGGUAUAGACGAAAUACUGGAUCAGAAACUAGUGGGCAAUGCAAGCAUUGAAGAAGUGAGGUUAUUGGCGAAGAUUGCAAACAGGUGUGUGCACAAGACACCAAGAAAAAGGCCAUCCAUUGGAGAAGUCACACAGUUCAUACUAAAGAUCAAACAAGGUCGGUCUAGAGGAAGAAGACAGGACACGAUGUCUUCAUCGUUUGGUGUUGGUUAUGAGGAAGAUCUGUCAAGGGUUAUGAGCAGGAUUAAGGAUCAGCAUGUUGAGUUAGGGUUAUUGGCUGGUGUUAAAGAAGAGGAUCAUCAAGAUAGGAACCAUACGACAACAUCUUAACUCCUAACUCUUUACUGAGGAAUUAUUUUUGUACAUAUUACCUACCACAUGAGUCUCAAAAUAGAGAUAUCCUCUUCUGCCAAAAGAAAAAAAGAGGUUUUGAGAAUUAAGAUUGUGUUUCCAAAAACUCUUUUAACUAAAUAUAAAUUUUUGUUCUUUAAUUA